UCCCUUGUCGUCUAAAUCUCUCUUCCACACUCCAAACACAGUCUGCUCUGGUCGGCAACGAAGCUUCACCCUUCAGUCAGUCACUCUCUCUCUUUUUAGAGAAUGAGUUGUUCACUUGUUUAACGCGCUUCUGUAGUUCAGAACUCAUUCACAAACCAGCCCUUAAAGCAGUUCACACUCUCAAAAGUCACACCAACCAAACCCAUCAAAGAUUUUGGUUCUUACCUUUGGAGUUUGGACUUCAUAUAUCACUGGGAAUUCCAAAUCCUUGGUGGAGUUUUCAUCUCUCUUAUUUCAGAGCCUUGCCUUGAAACAGAGCUGCAUUUUUACUGAGAAAAGCAAUAAGCUUUGAGAAACUAUGAUUACUAUAAUGAAUUCUGUGAGGGAGCCAAUGAAGAACAACAGCAACAACUCAGAGAAAGGUUUGGAUUCUCAGUUCUGGCAUGCCUGUGCUGGUGGCAUGGUUCAAAUGCCACCUAUUAACUCUAAGGUCUUCUACUUCCCUCAAGGGCAUGCAGAGUAUGCCCAAGGGGAUGUGGAUUUUGGGAAUUCUCGAAUUCCAGCACUCAUUCUUUCUAGGAUAUCUGCUAUUAGGUACAUGGCAGAUCCUGAAACCGAUGAGGUUUAUGCGAAAAUGAGGCUGGUUCCGGUGAGAGAGAGUGGUUUUGAUUUUGAGGAUGAUGGGGUUGUGGGGAAUAACAAUGGAGUAGUUGAGAAUCCUGAGAAACCCACAUCUUUUGCUAAGACUUUGACUCAAUCUGAUGCUAACAAUGGGGGAGGGUUCUCUGUGCCUCGCUUCUGCGCAGAGACUAUCUUUCCGCGCUUGGAUUACUCGGCUGAGCCUCCGGUUCAGACCAUUCUUGCAAAGGAUGUGCAUGGUGAGAUUUGGAAGUUUAGGCAUAUCUAUAGAGGUACUCCUCGUCGUCACCUUUUGACAACGGGAUGGAGUAAUUUUGUGAACAAUAAAAAGCUUGUUGCUGGGGAUUCGAUUGUGUUUUUCCGAGCAGAAAAUGGGGAUCUUUGUGUGGGGAUUAGGAGGGCUAAAAGGGGGAUUGGUGGUGGACCUGAGUACCCUUGUGGAUGGAACACUCCAUCUGGAAAUUCUUGCUUUCAGUAUGGUGGUUAUUCUGGCUUUUCAAGGGAGAAUGGAAACAAGUCAAUGGAGAAAAAUUCUAGUGGGACUACGAGAGGAAGAGUCAGGGCUGAACAUGUUAUAGAAGCUGCAACUCUUGCUGUCAGUGGCCAGCCCUUUGAGGUUGUGUACUAUCCACGUGCAAGCACACCGGAGUUUUGUGUUAAGGCCUCAUCUGUGAGAGCUGCAAUGCAAAUUCGCUGGUGCUCGGGAAUAAGGUUCAAAAUGCCUUUUGAAACUGAGGAUUCUUCUCGGAUAAGCUGGUUCAUGGGAACCAUAUCUUCUGUUCAUCAUGCAGAUCCCCGUUGGCCUGAUUCUCCAUGGCGCAUAUUACAGGUUGCAUGGGAUGAGCCAGAUCUGCUCCAAAAUGUGAGAUGUGUUAGUCCAUGGUUGGUCGAAUUGGUAUCAAGCAUACCAGCUAUCGAUCUCUCUCCCUACUCGCCUCCAAGAAAGAAGUUGCGGCUUCAACAGAACCCAGAUUAUUCUCUUAUUGGCCAACUGCCAAUGCCAUCUGUUUACGGCAACUUCCUAAAUUCCAGCAACACUUUAUAUCAUUUAUCAGACAACAUUCCUGCAGGCAUACAGGGAGCCAGGCAAGCUCAUUUUGGACUAUCUUCAUCGAAUCUUUUCAACAAACGGCACUCAGGUCUAAUUCCAGUUGGCUUUCAGCAACUUGGUCAUGUUGUCCCUCCUGGAAUCCCUGGAGGUAACUUCAUGCGCAUUGCUGAAACCAAUGAGGACAGCCCUUGCUGCGUUACCGAGGGUAUUCCUUACCACAAUUUAAAGGAUAAUGACGAGAUAAAGACACCUCACAUAUUCUUGUUCGGACAGCUAAUUGUUUUGGGGCAGCAGAUGUCAAAGAGUUCCUCUGGUGAUGAUAGUUCAUCAGAUCCAGAGAAAACAGGAAAUGCUUCUGAUGGCUCUGGUUCUGCAUUACAUCGCAACGGUUCAGUGGAAAAUUGCUCUGAUGGAGGGUCUCCCUGGGACAAAGACCACCAGAAAAGUGACCACAACUUGGAGACUGGUCUUUGCAAAGUGUAUGUUGAAUCUGGAGAUGCGGGGACCCUUGAUCUCUCAGUCUUUAGAUCAUACCAAGAAUUGUACCGAAAGCUGGCCAACAUGUUUGGCAAAGAAAAUUCAGAGAUGCUGAGUAAUGUACUGUACCGGGAUGCAACAGGUGCUGUUAGACACACUGGAGAUGAACCCUUCAGUGAGUUUUUGAAGACAGCAAGGGGACUUUAUAUGGCAUGAUGUCUACAACUGCAAUGCUUGCCUUGAAGACCAAUGAAACUGGAAGAUACCAUAGAAGUAUAUAAAUAAACUUCUCCGGUGUUUCUUCUCUAUGGUUUCGUCGUCAGUAAACAAAGUUUAGUGAUUCAGGCAGUGACAUUGAAGAAUGAUUGAGAAUUAGAAACUCUCCCUUAUUAACAUUUUGUACAGUUGCAUUUCUUCCUUCUUGUGUUGCUGUUUUAACUUUUUGUACUAAAACUCUUGGGAAAUCCCACCCCACUAAAUUGUGGUUUACUUUA